UGUUAAUUAAAUAAAUUCAAUAACGCAUUUGCAAGACAUAAAAUACUUUUGUUUUCUCAAAUCGACCAUUCAAUAUGACACGAUCUCAGAAGAAAAACAGCACGUCGAGUACUACCGAUGAUUUUAACAAUCAGUCAACUAAAAAACGUGUAGAAAACUCCUGGUUACUGCUAGCUCAAGAUUCAUUACUACAGAAUUCUGAGUUUGUUGUCAUAACUCUUCCCAACCCAGCAAGCAGGAAGCCUAGCAAGUAUUGUUUGGACGAAAAUAACAAGAAAGUAUAUGAAGUUGUUACAUUUAGUGAGCCCCAUAGGUGUUGGUUCACAGGGCAAACUGUUAAGUCUGAUGCUAGCAUGUUUAUGUUGACUCCCAUAAAUCCUACAUUUUUAGUCUUGCCUCACAUAAAGGAGACAUGCCAGAGUAAAGCGAUACCCAUUGAAGAUUUGCUGUCAGAAAAGGGCUUGAGCAAGCUCGUCCACUUCAUUGCUGGUGUUGACAAUAUUGCAGAUCUAAAGGGCCCUGAUGAUUUAAAAGCUUAUAAGUAUAAUGAAAGUAAGACUUUGACAUGGCUUGAAAACAAGGUGAAGAAAUUAGCAAAAGUAUUGAGAGUAAAGAGGAUUCACGUUAGGUCAGGUGCUGCCUCGGCCACAUUUGUAGCCAGUACUGCCAAUGAUGAUACUGUGGAUGAAGACUUUUUCUUGAAGUAUGCUCUAGGCAUAAUAGCUGAAUAUCUUGAAGAGGACCUUGUGGAAUUAUUGGAAAAGAAGUUUGAUUUUAAACCUGACAUGAUUGAAUCUUUGGGACAAAAGCGAAAAUCCGAAGUUGUAGAAAGUAACAAUAAAAGAGCAAAAUGCGAAAACACUGAAGAAAGUAAGAUAGUGACUGCUCUAUCACCACUUUCAAAUAAUGUCACCAAACAGAAACCCUUAACUGCGAAAGAAAAGGCUCGACAGAAAGCUGCGAGUGGUACGAAAACCCUAUCAGCAUUUUUUACUAAAAAGUAGCUUGCGAUAACUGAAUAAAAAA